AUGAACGGUGACGCGCCCCCAGCAUUCAAAUUGGAAGGGAAGGCCGUUGAUGACGGUCGACCCAUCCGCGUAUUGAUCAUUGGUGCCGGUGUUUGCGGAAUAGCCCUUUACAUCCGAACCCUCCAAAACAUCCCUAACGCCACUGUCACCAUUGUGGAGAAGAACCCUGCUCUUGGUGGAACUUGGUACGAGAACAAGUAUCCCGGUGUGGCGUGUGAUAUCCCCAGUCACGUAUACCAAUAUUCUUUUGAACCAAACACGGACUGGUCCAAGCUCUUUUCGCCGGGUGCUGAGAUCCUGGAGUAUGUCAAGGGCGUCGCUCAAAAGUACCGAGUGGACGAGAAGAUCAAGUACAAUACGAAGGUGAUUGGAGCUGAGUGGGAUGAGGAGAAGAGCUUAUGGGUCGUGAAGACGGAGGAUACGACCGCCAGUCCGGCUGUUGUGAGCACUAUUGAGGCGGAAGUUGUCAUCAGCGCUGUUGGAAUCUUGAAUAACUGGAAAUGGCCUGAAGUUGAAGGCCUCCAAAACUUUGGUGGUAAACUACUGCACUCCGCCCACUGGGAUACUGACUGGGACUACACUGGAAAGACUGUUGCGCUAUUGGGCUGUGGAUCUUCUGCAAUCCAAAUCCUUCCUCAUUUCCAAAAGAAAUGCCCACAGGUAUACAAUUUCAUCCGAGGCGGUACAUGGAUCAGCCAGCCCUUUGGGUCGACCUACACGGAGAAAAUUCUCGCCAAUAGUACCGAACCUGGGAACUACUCUUAUACAAAAGAGGAGAUUGACCGUUUUCGAAACGACCCGGAGUACUAUCGCAAUUUCCGGAAGGAGAUGGAGAGCUUCAUCAACAAAGACUUCCCCUCUCUAUUCCCCAAGUCUGUUGAAGAAAUCGAAUCUACCAACAAGAUUCGUAACAAUAUGAAGAAGAAGCUCUCUUCCAAGCCCGAGAUUUAUGAGGCUCUAGAACCUCGGUUUACUCCUGGCUGCCGCCGUUUAACACCCGGCCCCGGAUAUCUUGAAGCUCUAACCAAGGACAACGUGAAACUCAUCAAAAGCCCAAUUGUCCGCGUAACUGAAAAGGGGGUGUUGACUCAAGAUGGCUCCGAGUGGGCUGUGGAUGCAAUUGCUUGCGCAACGGGCUUCGACACUAGCCACAGGCCUCGAUUCCCCAUUAUUGGCAGAAAUGGAAAAUCUCUGGGUUCAUUGUGGGAAAAGCGAGCUUCAGCAUACCUCUCUCAUUCCAUUCCAGGCUUUCCCAACUACUUCAUUGUCGGAGGACCAAACAGUGCCACCGGUGGUGGAUCUCUCUUACUCAUCCUUGAAUCCGUCAUCGGAUACGUUAUCAAGGCGGUUCAAAAAAUCAGCCGAGAGAACAUCAAAAGUAUGGAGGUAAAGUCAGGUGCUCUAGACUCCUGGGUUAAUCACCUUGAUAAGUAUUUCCCGGGCACAGUCCACGUUGACGAAUGUACCAGCUGGUAUAAGGUGAACAACCAGAUCAUCGGUCUUUGGCCCGGCAGCAGUCUUCACGCGAUGCAGGCUCUCAUGCACCCUAGGUGGGAGGACUAUGAUUACGAGACUGCGAGCACCAAAGGGCAGUUGGAGUGGAUCGGAAACGGUUGGACCUGUGAGGAUGUCAAAAGGGGAAAUCUUGGGUAUUAUGUCGACCUCGUUAACAUACCGCCAGUACCCUCUGAUGAAAUGCUUUCUAGAUAG